UAAAGAUACGCGCGAAUUCAAAAACUGUAGAGUGGUUGUUUGAAAUGAAGCUAAAUAAGCCAAAAAUGUUAAAGUUUUGUACUUAGCUAGCAUAGGGGACUAUAAAACAAUCUUUUUUGAUAUACUCAUCAUAACGGGACACUAUAAAAGCCCAAAGACGUAUAAUCGAUAACUAAAUUUAUGACCAUUAUAAAUAACGUAAACAUAAAAUAGGAUACAAUAUAAAAUGAAAAUAACUUUACGAUGGAAGGCAAUAAAGAGGAUAGCAUAACUACAUGAGUUUACAUACACCGACUGUACCAGGCAACCGCAUCAGUUAACCCUUCGGUCGAUUAUUGUUGGACGGCCCCUCCGACUUUCAGCGUGCUCUCUUAUUUAUACUUCUGUCUAUAAAUGUCUGGCGAGUCUUGGCUGGCACGAGAGGAUAUUAAGGACGUUGGUGUGCUUAUUCAUAUCGCCAGGCUAGCAGAACAUUCCGAGCGAUUUACUGACAUGGUUGCUGCCAUGAAGAAAGUCAUCGAACUAAAGAAGCCACUUGGAAACGAAGACAGGAAUCUCUUCUCAGUGGCAUACAAAAAUGUUGUUGGUGCCCAUCGAGCGGCUUGGCGCGUAGUUUCCGGCAUGAAAUCUAAGGAUGAUGAUGAUAAGUCUCCAGCCAACGAGUUGCGUCGCAAAAUCGUCUGCGAACUUGAGGAGGUUUGCUCUGAAGUCCUGGACAUGUUAGAUAACCACUUAAUUCCGAAUGAAACUAGUGAUGAUGGUUUGGUGUUUUAUUACAAAAUGAAAGGGGAUUACUUACGUUAUCGCACUGAAGUACAGGAUGGCCCUAAACGAAACGAGUCAGCAGCGGCGGCUCAUCAAGCAUAUAAAGACGCCACGGAGAAAGCUGAGGCUACACUAAGUGUUACACAUCCUAUUCGACUAGGCUUGGCGUUGAAUUACUCUGUGUUCUACUACGAAAUCCUUAAUUCCCCCAACGAGGCCUGCGAACUCGCACAGUCUGCGUUCGAUAAAGCCAUUAACCGGCUCGACCAAAUACAAGGCGAAUCUUAUCAAGACAGCACUCUUAUCAUGCAACUUCUUCGAGAUAAUCUGACACUAUGGACACCUGAACGGGACGCCAACCAGUAAUUCUGAACUAAACGAACUUGAGCUGCUGCCUUGUGAACUGACUAAGUUCAUGGUUUCCUUUCCUUCCAUUAUAACCGUAACGAAACACUGUCUUCUGUCCCCGACGGAGCUCUCGGAUUACCGUUAAUUGACGUGCGCAAACUGCCUCACUGAAUCCAAUGUACAGCUGCUCCUGGUGCUUUGAUGAUAAACUCAUCUAGAUUCAACCAGCUAGUCAAUAUAGUGUGUCAAGUUGGCUC